UCCCUCCCUGUGUCUCUCCCUCCCUCCCUCCCCUGGGCGGCUGGGGCUAGUGCGCUGGGGUGCCGGGUGCACUGGGCGGCCCGGGUGCGCGGCACUCGGGGCGGGAGCAGCCUUCCCGGGCGCCCUCCCUCUUCCCCUUCCCUGCAACCCCCCCCACCCCGCCUUAGGCUCGGAGCAGCGGCCAGAGGAACCCCGAGCCUUUCCGGCACUGGAGCCAUGGAGAACUCUUCGGCCGCAUCUGCCUCCUCUGAGGCCGGCAGCAGUCGCUCUCAGGAGAUCGAGGAGCUGGAGCGCUUCAUCGACAGCUAUGUACUGGAGUACCAGGUGCAGGGGCUGCUGGCGGACAAGACAGAGGGUGAUGGUGAUGGCGAGCAGAUGCCGCCCCACAUCUCCCAGUGGACAGCAGACUGCAGCGAGCAGCUGGACAGGAGCUGCUCCUUUUCCCAUGGCCGAGCCCCCCUACAGCAGAAUGGCAGCAAAGACAGCUCUCUGGACAUGCUGGGCACAGAUAUCUGGGCUGCCAACACCUUUGACUCCUUCAGUGGUGCCACUUGGGAUCUGCAGCCUGAAAAGCUAGACUUCACUCAGUUCCACAGGAAGCUCCGACACGUGCCCAAGCAGCCUCUGCCACACAUCAACCGAGAAGGGUGUGGAAAAGGGAAGCUGGAAGACGGAGACGGCAUCAACCUGAACGACAUCGAGAAGGUUCUCCCAGCCUGGCAGGGCUAUCACCCGCUGCCCCACGAAGUGGAGAUCGCCCACACGAAGAAGCUGUUCCGGAGAAGGAGGAAUGAUCGCAGGCGGCAGCAGAGACCCCCAGGGGGAAACAAGCCCCAGCAGCACGGCGACCACCCGCCAGGCAGUGCCAAACACAACCGAGACCACCAGAAAUCUUACCAGGGGGGCUCAGCACCCCACCCCUCAGGCCGGCCCACCCACCACGGCUAUAGCCAGAACCGGCGCUGGCACCACAGCAACAUGAAGCACCCUCCAGGGGACAAAGCAGAGCCAGGCACCCACCGUAGUGCCAAAGACAGCGCUGCCCCUGACAGCCCCAGGCUGGAGGACCCUCUGGGUGACGCGGGGCACAGCGGCCUGGAGCCCCCACGCAGCCCCGACGCCCUGACCCUGGCCACACCCAAGAGGUCACCCCCGCCGCAGCCCGGGACUCCCGAGACCAAGCGUAAAGACAGUGUUACCCCCGAGCACCCCAAAAUCACCCUGCUCCAGUCCUCCAAAGACAGGCUGCGCAGAAGGCUGAAAGACAAGGUACCGGAAGAAGUGACCGUGGAGCCCCCCAUCCCACAGCCCAGCAAGAUGGACAAGCUGAUGGAGAUCCUUAACAGCAUGCGGAACAACAGCAGUGAUGUGGACGCCAAGCUGGGCACCUUCAUGGAGGAGGCGCAGAACUCCACCAACUCGGAGGAGAUGCUGGGCGAGAUCGUGCGCACCAUCUACCACAAGGCCGUGUCCGACCGCAGCUUCGCCUUCACAGCCGCCAAGCUCUGCGACAAGAUGGCGCUCUUCAUGGUGGAGGGCACAAAGUUCCGCAGUCUGCUCCUCAACAUGCUGCAGCUCCUGCAGUCCCAGGAUGUGAAGGAAGAUGCUGUCCUCUGCUGCUCCAUGGAGCUGCAGAGCACAGGACGGCUACUGGAGGAGCAGCUGCCCGAGAUGAUGACAGAGCUCCUCGCCAGCGCACGCGACAAGAUGCUGUGUCCCUCGGAGUCCAUGCUGACCCGGUCGCUGCUCCUGGAGGUCAUCGAGCUCCACGCCAACAGCUGGAACCCCCUGACGCCCCCCAUCACUCAGUACUACAACAGAACCAUCCAGAAACUGACAGCCUGACAGCCAGGGGGGCCUGGCGGGCGGCCCGCGGGCAGCUGGGCCCUGGUGCACAGGGCCAGAUGGACAGGCGGGAGGCCAGGGGUGGCCCUGGCGGGAGGAAGCAGCGGGGCGGCGGGCAGGCAGGCGGAGCCGAUCUGGAGCCCGCAGGGGACGGGACCGGAGCCCCCCCUCCCCCACCCCUAGCCCUGCGCAGCCCCGAGCAUGCAGCAGCUCACACCCAUCGGGAAGCAUGUUUCUUCUUCACGGUGGCCCCUCCCCCGCCCCGCCCCAGCAAACGUGCCCCCCCCCCCCAGCUUGGUGCCAGGGGUCCUGUCUCUGUGACUCCGCCCCCUCCACUCCCCCCCUGGCCGGAUCAGAAAGGACCUCAGAAGGCUAGAAAAGUGGGUCAGAGACGGGCUCGCAUUGUCCCCCGCACGCCGUCAGCCGCCGUCGCCAACUGGCAGCAGGCGACGUGGAGCAGAUGUCGGGGGGACAAUGGCAGGCAGGUCCCCGCCAGCCGCCGCCAGCCAGGGCUUUUGUCCGCCGCCGCCUGCAGUGAGCGGGAGCCCCGGGCCCGCCCCGCCCCCACGCGGCCCCGCCCCCAGCCUGGCCCGAGGGGCAGGGGGCGGGGCUUGCCGCUCCACUUGCACUCUUUGUUUCCACGUUGUUUUAUUUUAUUUUGAAAGUCAGCUGCUUUGAAGUCUCCCCCAUCCCCUCGGUGACUGGAGGCCGAGGUGGGAUCCCAUGGCGGCCACUGGCAGGACCCCCCAUUUGUGGGAGAUCAAACCCGGCCCCUCUAGAAGGACGCUCGCCCGCAGACGGCUUGCCAGCAGCCAAUUAGGCUAAUUGGAAACUGCUGCCCCGUCGGGGUCCGCCUGGAACCCAGUGCUCCCCGCCCCUGGCCUCUAGCACCUCCAGCACCUCGGUUCUGAUUCAAGCUUUUCUCUCUCUCUAAGGGCUGUUACUGUCGCCGCUGGGAGGGCGUUAAACCCCAGCCUGGCCUCUGUUAUGGGGUACCAGCCUGGCAAAUCAAAACCAAACACCCAGGCGACGCUUCCCUCCAGUCCCCCCCACUUGCACUGUGUCCCUAGCUCUUGCAGAGGGAGGGGUGUCAGGGAGGUAGCUCCCCAGAACAUGGAGGUUAACAGAAUGGGCUUCGUGGCUGCUUCAGCUCUGUCACUAGCUGGGGCCAGGAGCCCAGACCUCCCACAGGUGAUGGUCGGGCCACCAGGCAGGUGUGUGUGUGUGUGUGUGUGUGUGUGUGUGUGUGUGUGUGUGUGUGUGUGUGUGUGUAAGGCUGCAGGGCAGGUUCUCUGUUCACUAGAGUCUGGAGGGCAGGCAGAGUGGGGUGAGGUACGGCAUCCCCAGUACCCCAAAAUCUGCUCCCUGCUCUCCCCACUGCCUGUUCCCUGCCUACCAGGAAAGGCUGGACUGGUCCCCUUGUACACUUGUCAGUGUACAAGGUGGCCUGUCACGAAGAAAGAUCUCCCCCAAAGUUCUCCAGCUUCUCCUGGAACUCCAGCCUGAAGCUGGGGACACCAGAGGCUCCCUGGGGGCCCCCAGGGAAGGAGGAUGCUCAGAGAGGGCCCGAGGGAAAUUAAAAUCUCCAGGACUUGGGGCCCUCCCUGAGCCCUCAGGAAGCUGGGUGGGUCCUGAAGGGGCCUGGUCUCCCUCAACUGAGUGUGUGUGUGUGUGUGUGUGUGUACACAGAAUGCAUGUAAGUGUGCAGGACAUGUGUGCACACACAUGAGCACCUCCCCUAAGAAUAGAGAGAAGUAGUCCUGCGGGAGCCAACUGAGGAGGCAGUAGAGUGGAGUUCCUCCCCCCACCACCCAGCCAGUGUCCUGAGACGAAACCCCAAACACUGUACAAACAGAGAAAAUUGGGGCAAGUGGCACAUGGACCUAGAACUCCUUCCUCCAGGCAGCCCUCCUUGGUGACCACAGGGCCCACCACUCUGGCUGUUAGGACUCAUUGUGGAGAAGCAAGUUAUAAAUAUGUAGGCGUAUAUAGUCUUAAUGGUGCAUUGUGUGGUGAUGCCUCUGGUUUACCUUGCUUCUCUGGUGGCUUCAGGCAUUUCCUAGCCAAUACAAAGGACAAGUCAAGCUCUUGUUCAAAAUGGAGACUGCUGAUCCUUCUGCAGACAUGAAAGUUUUUUUUUUUUUUGAGGGGGAGUAGUGGGGUUUUAUUUUUGUGUGUGUGUUUUUUUUAAGAAAAUAACAGCAAAGCCUAAAAUCUGAGACUCAGGCAGCUUCUCAUAGGAGACCACUCAGACAGAAGCUGGGAUGGGGUGCCCCUCAGACCCCUCCCUGCCCAGGUCCCUCCACUGCUGGGUGUGGAAAACCAGGUCUGGGUGUCCCUCUGAGUGUACAUGGCCAGAGGCAAAGCUGGACAUUCUGAAGCUUGUGCUGUGUUCCCUGCCCACCUGGUUUUCUUAGGGUGUCUAGACUAUAUCCAGAAUCAUGGGUCUUAUCUGGGGCACACCCUUCUACCUAGGCUUCGAAGUACCCAGUAUUUUCUGCUCAGGCCAGGCCUUCACCCCACAGCCUGGGAGCUCUACCCCAGGAAGACUUCUGAGCUCCCUCCAACCCAACAAGGUGGGACCCUCACCCAUCCCUCCUCCCCAGGGAGUGUGAGCCUUGACCUGCUUGUGUCCAUGAGUGCUUCCUAAACCAGUCCAUGAGCCUUGAAGGCUUGGGGAGCAUCCUGCCCAUCUGUGUAAAGGUCACCAUUGGCCCAGUCAGUAUUUAUUCUCACUUUUAUUUUGUUUUAUUUUAUUUUAUUGGAAGAGGGGGGAGUUGAAGGGGAUGAACUGCCCCUGAGCAACUGCAGAGGUAUGGGUGAGGGACCCCAGGGGGUUGCCCCUAUGCCAAGGCCCUGUCUGGCAUCAGAAGCCUGCCCAUGUCCCUUGUGUCCUGCGGUGGAGUCUGUGGGGCCCCCAGCCUGUUGGGAAAUCUCUGGCUGAGGCUGGAGGAGGGGAAAGAUCACAACAGGCAGCUCUACUCCUGAGCUAGCAGGAGACAGGCCCUGUGUUCCCCUCCCACCCCAGUAUGGGCUGGGGCUCCCUGCCAAAGCUACAGUGGAAUCCUGCUCCAAGCCACCUUCCUCCCAUCCAUGCGUCCUGCUUUCCAGCUGAACCCAACUCCAAGUGGGUUUCAAAAAAAUAAACACUGAAACUCAAUGUU